AUGAUUGACCUUAGAGGACGACUGUUAGUCUUGGUGCUCAUAAUACUCCUUGUGGUUCUGACUGCGGCUCUGCAAACAUACUCCGCUCGUGUGCCUGUACGAGUCGCUGGUGUAGUUAACGACGCACCAGUCGCUGAUGAGAAGCCCCAAAUCGAGAAUAUUCCGAACCAGUCGUAUGAGUUCCGCAUAUUUGUAUUUACAUAUUCACGCCCUGAAGGGGUGGAAGUGCUUCUGUCUUCCAUUCUCAACUCGAACUACUCCAAGGCACGCCCUGGUACGGUCGAUCUGGAGGUAUUCGUCGAUUACAGGAGGCGUGACGACAGCGAUAUUCGGGGGAAGCAGGACACUAUACUUCGAAUGCUCAAGAAUAUUUCGUGGCCGCA